UGAGCGUUGAGAAUGUGCUUGCCAUGUCUUUAAACUUGAUUUCGAACGAAUGUGAGAUGGAACAACUUUCAACAAAAUCACAACACAACAUGUGUACAGCAGGGAAUUUGGAUGCUUUCUUUAACAAUGUGAAAGAAUUGACCAACCAUCUCAACGCUUCAUCCAAUGAAGCUAUUACCAACAAUACUGCUUUGUUGAAUAUUGUUGAAAAGAGAUGGAGGCUGAAACACAUUCUGAAACAACUAAUGAGUUAUCAUGAAUUCCUAAACGAAUUGAAAAAAGGUCAAAACGACUGGAUGACGCAGAAGACUGUUGGCGAACUGACGAAAGAAAUGGUUGAUGAAUAUACGAAAGAAAAAACAAAAUAUAAUCAAUUGAAUGAAAGUGUUGCAAAAUUGUCAGAUCUUUUGGAUGAAGCAGAAAAGAUUUGUGAAUUGAAGUCGAGUGUUGAUUUUGAGUUUGAGGAAAUUAAUAAAAAGAAUGAACAGCUUGAAGUACUUGAGAAACAGUUUGAUGAAAGAUGUGAGAUAUUCAAAGGCAAAUGCAUGACAGAUACCGAAGCUGCCACAUUGAUUGCUAAACAGAAACAAAAUAUUGUUGAAAAGUUGGCGCUAAUUGAAAUAUUGAAACUGGAAAAAAGAAUUGAAAAAAAUAAAGUAGAAGACAGGUCACAGAAAGUAUUGAUGGAUUUAGAGAAGUUUUUCAAGAAUAUGGAGCCCGAGCAAAAGCCCAAGGACUUGCUCAGCCUAUCUCUUGCAUUGUCUGAAGAACUAAGCGGAGUUACAGUGAAAUCUGAAACAGCAGAUUAUCGCUCGUUGCAAAUAUCAUAUGGUAGUCCUGAGAAUAAAUCGAAUGUGUCUGUGGAUUUACAUCUUGCAAAACAAAAGCCACCUCAUCCAACCAAACUUAUCGACGUGAAAGUCGGUGAUUGCUGCGUUUCUACAGACGACAUAAUAUCUAGAGCGGUUGCAGGGAAUAAUUUUGCGGAAAUGAUACCAGAGCUUCAAAUGCGUUUUGAGAAGAACAGUAGUCUCUCAGAUGAGAUUGAGAAACUUCGGAAAACAUCGGCGAUAGACUGGCUUCCUAGUGAAAACACGCUAUUGGUCAUCGUUGGGUCUCGCACUUGCACAUUACAUGUACCGGAGGGUUAUCCCAACACAGGAAGUAUUCUAUUAAAAGAUGUGCAAGGAAUCCAGAAUAGCACAGUAUCUCAUAUGAAGCCAUCGGGAGUUGAGCCAACACUCACAGACUGGGUCAGUUUUCUGGAACAUGAGUUUGAUUAAUUUCUAUUGGAAUGGCAGACUCAAACACAAUAUUGAAAAUUGUAUACGAGGAAUCGUACUUAGCUAGAUUUCAAGCAAAUCAACUAUAAAACAACAAAAAUAUCUUGGGAAGCACGCUGUCAUAGUUCGCGAAGAAACUGAAAAACAUUAGGACUGUAAUUACCGAAUUAACAAUUACAAGUAAAGUACUUGUAUAUUUCUACCUGUCAAAAAUGAUAAAAUAUAGUCAAAGGGAUGAAUGCCUUUA